UUGUUAUGAAUGAGAGGAUGACUAUCCAUCCGUUAAUUUUUGUGUGCUGAAUAUAGAUGGUGCUUAAUAAAAUAGGGAGGAAGGGAGCCGAAAAGAAUAGUAAGUGACCGCCUUAGAAAUGUGUGUUUCAAUCACUUUCCUUGUAGUAUUUCUCAGCUCACCCUCUACCUUUCAUUUCCUUAUUGCUGCACUCUUCUUCUCUCGACACACUUAUUCUUAUCCAUCUCUUCCUUCUUCUAAUUGAAACUAACUCUCUCAUCCCUAACACGGAGCUUGCACAAUAUAUAUCAUGGUGAGUCAAGUGAGGAAGGAUGAAAUUGGACCGGCAUGGUUGAAGCCGCUGCUCAAGGCUAACUACUUCCAUACUUGCGCAAUUCAUGGUGAUUCAAAUAAGAGCGAAUGUAACAUGUAUUGUUUGGAUUGCAUGGGAAGUAGUGCUCUUUGCUCUUACUGUUUGAACAAUCACAAACACCAUCGCCUUGUACAAAUAAGAAGAUCGUCAUACCAUAAUGUGGUGAGGGUGAAUGAAAUUCAGAGAUACAUAGACAUAUCUUGCAUUCAAACCUACAUUAUCAAUAGCGCCAAGAUUGUGUUUCUGAAUGAGCGUCCCCAGCCCAGACCGGGAAAGGGGGUUACCAAUACUUGUGAAAUCUGCGGCCGCAGCCUACUUGACUCUUUCAGAUUCUGCUCCCUCGGCUGCAAGCUGAAUGGUAUUAGGCGAGGCGACGAAGAGUUGACAUUUACAGUAAAGGUGAAGGCGGAUGAAUAUUGGGAUGAAUCAUCGACCCCAAAGAAGAAGCAACGCAGGGAGAGGGACGAGAGACUAAUGUUUGGGUUUCGUCAUCUGAAUAUUGAGGAGGGACAUGCAUACGACUCUAAUAUUCAUUUUGAAGAAGCAGCAGCUACGAUGAUUUACAGUAUGUCUCCUGAUACGCCUCCUAUCUAUAACCACAGGAACUCAAGCAGGAGGAAAGGCGUUCCCCAUCGUGCCCCUUUUUGAUAAUUAAUUAAUUAAGGGGCCGGCCGGGUCAUCAAAUUAAAACACUACUGAUCCGUCACAUACACACACACAUAUAAAAUUUCUAAUUAUAUAUAUACAUACAAGCAUGUGCAUUAGGCAGGAGUAUGUUGCUGUUAGCUAGCUAUUUAUGUUAUAUAUAUGCAUGUAUAGGAUUUAUGUUUUAACGAACUAAUCCUUUUGUAUAUGUUAAUUUACUUUCAAGCUCUGUAAUUAAAGAAGGGAAGGGGAAGAAAAUGAUAUACAUAGUUUAUGAUGUAAUGUAUAUAUGGUGGUUUGAGAAUAGGAUAUCUUUACA